AUGGCAGUGCCCCGUGAGGCAGCCCCAGGGGCGGACAAGUCGGGCCCGGGUGAACUGAGUCAAGCCCCCGCGGCGGGUCUGGACGGUCCCCAAAGCGCGGGCCACGAGUGGCUGCGAGUCUCGGGCCGCCGUGGCUGCUGGGGAGACCUGGUGCUGCAGCCGCUCCAGCGCUCCCGGAAACUUUCCUCGGCGCUGUGCGCGGGCUCCCUGUCCUUUCUGCUGGCGCUGCUGGUGAGGCUGGUCCGCGGGGAGAUCGGCAGUGAGCUGGAGCAGAGUAAGGAAGCGGCCGCCGCGGAGGAGGAGGAGGAAGCGGCCCCGGGAGCUGAAGGGGGCGUCUUCCCCGGGCCUCGGGGAGGUGCUCCCGGGGGCGGCGCGCCGCUCGGCCCCUGGCUGCAGCCCUCGGCGCUGCUCUUCAGUCUCCUGUGUGCCUUCUUCUGGAUGGGCUUGUACCUCCUGCGCGCCGGGGUGCGCCUGCCUCUGGCCGUCGGGCUGCUGGCCGCCUGCUGCGGGGGGGAAGCGCUCGUCCAGAUUGGGUUGGGCGUCGGGGAGGAUCACUUACUCUCGCUCCCCGCCGCGGGGGUGGUGCUCAGCUGCUUGGCCGCCGCGACAUGGCUGGUGCUGAGGCUGAGGCUGGGCGUCCUCAUGAUCGCCUUGACUAGCGCGGUCAGGACCGUGUCCCUCAUUUCCUUAGAGAGGUUCAAGGUCGCCUGGAGACCGUACCUGGCGUACUUGGCCGGCGUGCUGGGGAUCCUCCUGGCCAGGUACGCGGAGCAAAUCUUGCCGCAGUCCGCGGGGGAGGCUCCGAGGGAGCAUUUUGGGUCCCAGCUGAUUGCUGGGACCAAGGAAGCUAUCCCGGUGUUUAAGCGGAGGAGGCGGUCCAGCUCCGUGGUGUCCGCCGAGAUGUCGGGCUGCAGCAGCAAGUCCCAUCGGAGGACCUCCCUGCCCUGCAUACCGAGGGAACAGCUCAUGGGGCACUCAGAAUGGGACCAGAAGCGAGGGCCAAGAGGAUCACAGUCUUCAGGAACCAGCAUCACUGUGGACAUCGCCGUGAUGGGUGAGGCGCAUGGCCUCAUCACUGACCUCCUGGCAGACCCUUCCCUGCCUCCCACUGUGUGCACAUCCCUGAGGGCUGUGAGCAACCUGCUCAGCACACAGCUCACCUUCCAGGCCAUUCACAAGCCCAGAGCAAAUCCUGUCGUGACUUUCAGUGAAAACUACACCUGUUCUGAUUCAGAAGAAGUCUCUGAGAAAGACAAGCUGGCUAUUCCCAAGCGCUUGAGAAGGAGCUUGCCCCCUGGCUUAUUAAGGCGAGUUUCCUCAACGUGGACAACGACCACCUCAGCCACAGGUCUGCCCACCUUGGAGCCAGCCCCAGUGCGGAGGGACCGUAGCGCCAGUGUCAAACUGCAUGAGGCACCUUCAUCCAGUGCUGUCGGUCCAGAUACUUGGAGUAACCCAGCUAUGAUGACUCUCACCAAAAGCAGAUCCUUCACUUCAUCCUAUGCCAUUUCAGCGACUAACCACAUAAAGGCUAAAAAACAAAAUCGUCCAGGUACCCUAGUUAAAAUUUCACCUCUUUCCUCGCCCUGUUCCUCACCUCUCCAAGGGACACCUGCCAGCAGCCCAGUUAGCAAAAUCUCUACAGUGCAGUUUCCAGAAUCUGCUGACACCAUGACUAAACCAGGCCUGAGUUCUCACAGGGCCUUAACCUACACGCAGAGCGCCCCGGACCUGUCUCCCCAGACGCUAACUCCACCCGUGUCGUGUAGCAGUUGUGGACGGCCAUAUCCCCAGGAGAAUCCUGCUGACGGGCCCCUGGACAGAAGUAGCACUGCCAUCCAGACAGCAGGCAGAACAGAUGAUGCCGCUCAAGUCACAUCGGACUAUGAAACCAAUAACAACAGUGACAGCAGUGAUAUUGUACAGAAUGAAGAUGAGAGCGAGUGUCCAAGAGAGCCUCUGAGGAAAGCCUCAGCUUGCAGCCCCUACGCGCCCGACUCCAUGAUAUUCCUGGACAAACCAAUUCUUGCUCCUGAACCUCUUGUUAUGGACAACUUGGACUCAAUUAUGGAGCAGCUCAACACUUGGAAUUUUCCAAUUUUUGACUUGGUGGAAAAAAUAGGAAGAAAAUGUGGCCGUAUUCUGAGCCAGGUCUCAUACAGGCUUUUUGAAGACAUGGGCCUCUUUGAAGCUUUUAAAAUUCCAGUUAGAGAAUUCAUGAAUUAUUUUCAUGCUUUGGAGAUUGGAUACAGGGAAAUUCCUUAUCAUAACAGAAUCCAUGCCACUGACGUCUUACAUGCUGUUUGGUAUCUUACGACACAACCUAUUCCAGGCCUUUCGACUGUGAUUAACGACCAUGGAUCAGCGAGCGAUUCAGAUUCGGACAGUGGAUUUACACAUGGACAUAUGGGUUAUGUGUUUUCAAAAAUGUACAGUGUGCCAGAUGAUAAAUACGGAUGUCUGUCUGGGAAUAUCCCUGCCUUAGAGUUGAUGGCCUUGUAUGUGGCUGCGGCCAUGCAUGACUAUGACCAUCCAGGAAGGACUAAUGCUUUUCUGGUUGCAACUAGUGCUCCUCAGGCUGUGCUCUACAAUGAUCGCUCAGUGUUAGAGAAUCACCACGCGGCUGCCGCAUGGAACCUUUUCAUGUCCAGGCCAGAGUAUAACUUUUUAGUUAACCUUGACCAUGUGGAAUUCAAGCAUUUCCGUUUCCUUGUCAUUGAAGCAAUUUUGGCCACGGACCUGAAGAAACACUUUGACUUCGUGGCCAAAUUGAAUGCCAAGGUGAAUGAUGAUGUUGGAAUAGAUUGGACCAAUGAAAAUGAUCGCCUACUAGUGUGUCAGAUGUGUAUAAAGUUGGCUGAUAUCAAUGGCCCUGCUAAAUGCAAAGAGCUCCAUCUUCAGUGGACAGAGGGGAUUGUCAAUGAAUUUUAUGAACAGGGUGAUGAGGAAGCCAGCCUUGGGUUACCUAUUAGUCCUUUCAUGGACCGCUCUGCUCCUCAGUUGGCCAAUCUUCAGGAAUCCUUCAUCUCUCACAUUGUGGGUCCUCUGUGCAACUCCUAUGAUUCAGCAGGACUCAUGCCAGGGAAAUGGGGGGAAGACAGUGAUGAGUCAGGGGAUACUGAUGACCCCGAAGAGGAGGAGGCAGAAGCAGCAUCCAACGAAGAGGAAACCUGUGAAAAUAAUGACUCUCCAAGAAAGAAAACUUUCAAAAGGAGAAAAAUCUACUGCCAAAUAACCCAGCACCUCCUGCAGAAUCACAAAAUGUGGAAGAAAGUCAUCGAAGAAGAACAGAGGUUGGCGGGCACAGAAACCCCAUCCUUGGACCAGCCCACCCAACAGCACCCCUCAGAACAGAUCCAGGCCAUCAGGGAAGAAGAGGAAGAGAAGGGGAAGCCAAGAGGAGAAGAACUCCCUGCCCCAAAGCCAAACCAGUGACAUUGGGGAGGAAGAGCUGUGUUUCCAAACAGUGACUUGUCACAGACUCUUCUCAAGCCAGCACGACACUUAGACACAACACUGUAGAAAUACGAGGAGAUGGGCAAAUGGCUAUUGCAUUUGGGAUUCUUUGCAUUUUAUGUGCUUAUUUUUACAGUGAGAAACAUUGUCCAAAACCCCUGCUCAGAGAGCUUUCACUUUGCAACACCAGCUUCUACGGAUUUUUUGA